AUGCUUGGGAUACUGAAGCAGGCCACCAAAUCGGUGCGGUUAAUUGGCAGAGCUGGAUGCUUUGUGCCUUUCAGUCAAAAUCUGACGAGACUAUCAAGAUUGCCAAUAAUAUUACAAAGCGUGAGAACUUAUGCCAGUGAAGCGAAGAUUAAUGAUAAGAAAGUAGAGACAACAAAAAAAGAAGAGGAAUCUGAUUCGUCGUCGUCACUAUUUGGAUCCUUAACACCAAAUGUUUCGACCAAGGAUCAGCUGGUUAAAGAAAAGCCAAAGAGUGAGAAAGACGAGCUUGAAGAUACAACACCAGGUGAAAUCAGCUAUGUUGCACCAAAAGAUGAUAAAAAGCUUCAGGAAUAUUUACAUCCAAAGCCAUACAAGACGGUGAAUUCAUUGUUGAGCCCACUAAAGAGACGCCUCUAUCUCGAUAACGUCAAAAAGAAUGGAUUCUUCAAGAAUGGGGACAGGAUUAAGCUACCAGAUGGUAGUUUAUACAGUAUGAAGCUCACAAGAGAGGUGAUAGAAGCAUUGGAGCCAUCUAUUUAUUUGAGAUCAUGGAGGAUGAAGUCUUCCGUGAAGAAGACCAACCCGGUUCUUAGAGCAUUGAAAAACCUUCCAUUAAAAAAAGCCAUCACACAGCUACACUUUAUGCAGAAAAAAGUGGCUAGAGAACUAGCAGAAAUGCUUGAGAGGGGUCUCAAGGAUGCCGAGAGUAUGAAAUACGACCCUAAUAAGAUAUAUGUUGCGGAGUCAUGGGUUCACUUUGAUGGUUCUCCUCUCAAAAGAGUCGAGUGCAAGGGAAGAGGACGAUCUGGAAUUAUUGUGCAGCGCUUUGUGAGUGUGAGGUUCCUUCUCAAGACAAACCAGACCUUAAAACGUUUGAAACAUGAGGAAAAUGCAAGGAAGAACAACAAACCUGUGAAAUCAUUCUUGACAGGCCAGAGUUUAAGAGGGCCAGUAUCUCCAUUUUACAAGUGGUGA